AUGGCUUCAAAGAAUUCAUACCGCAUUGCCUCUAUCCCAGGCGAUGGCAUUGGUCCCGAGGUAGUCAGUGCUACUAUCCAAGUUGUCGAGAAACUCGCGAAUACUCUUGGCACAUUCAAUAUCGACUUUGUGCAUAUCCCAUGGGGAACCGAGUAUUACAAGCAAACUGGACGAUAUGUGUCUGAAGAUUGCCUCGACACUCUACGCAAGUACGAUGCUGUAUUAUUCGGUGCCGUUGGAUCACCUGACGUGCCCGAUCACAUCUCUCUCUGGGGUCUUCUUCUCGCCCUCCGCGGCCCACUCCAGCUAUACGCAAACGUCCGACCAGUACGGACCUUCCCAGGAACCAGAUGUCCGCUCAACACCGCAACAGAUGGCAUCGACUGGAUGCUCGUACGGGAAAACUCCGAAGGCGAGUAUGCAGGACAAGGCGGACGAUCUCACGUCGGACAGCAAUGGGAAGCUGCGACAGAAGUGGCUGUAUUCACGCGCGUGGGAAUCGAGCGGAUUAUGCGAUUCGCAUUUGAGACAGCGCGAUCCCGGCCGCGCAAGCUCCUGACUAUCGUCACGAAGAGCAAUUCCAUGCGUAACGGGAUGGUGUUAUGGGAUGAAGUUGCCGCGAUUGUCGCUAAGGACUUCCCCGAUGUGACGUGGGAUAAGAUGCUUGUUGAUGCGAUGACUGUUCGGAUGGUGGCGAAGCCACAGUCGAUCGAUACUAUCGUCGGGACGAACUUGCAUAUGGAUAUUUUGUCGGAUCUUGCCGCUGCGUUGGCCGGGUCGAUUGGUGUUGCACCUUCUAGCAACUUGGAUCCUACGCGCAAGAGUCCGUCGAUUUUUGAGCCGGUUCAUGGUAGUGCUUUCGAUAUUACUGGGAAGGGAGUCGCGAAUCCGGUUGCUACUUUUUGGUCGGCGGCGGAGAUGCUUGUCUGGAUUAGUGAGAAGGAUGCUGCUGCGAAACUGAUGGGUUGUGUGGAACGGGUUUGUGCCCGAGGCAUUCUGACUCCUGAUCUGGGAGGGACAUCUGACACUCAAGGGGUCGUGGAUGCUGUUUGUCUGGAGAUUGAAAAGUUGUGA